GUCACAUUUUUCGAAUUGCACAGAUGUUUUCAAACAUUCUUGCUCUGUAGAUUUAAGUUUACAUAAGUAAAUAAAUAAAAUGAACGUGUUAAGAACGAUAAGAAAUAACUGGAAGAAAAGUGUAUUCUUUUCUUGCAUCGUUGGAUAUGGUGUCUCCACCAUAAGUACAAACAUACAAAUUAAGCGAUAUAUGACCGAUUUAUCUACUGAUGUUCUCCGUUCGAGUCAAAGUUCAGGAAAUACACCGUUAAAUGUGCUUGUUGUCAUGAAUCCGAUUGCCAACAAGAAAAAAGCUGAAAAUUUGUUCAAAAAAUACUGUGAACCCAUUCUGCAUUUGGCCGGUUUAUCGGUUGAAGUGCUGCGCACGAAUCACAUUGGACACGCCAAAACCUAUGUAGAGGAACUGAGCGCGCUGCCCGACGUGAUUGUUGUUGCGGGCGGCGAUGGCACCAAAUCUGAGGUUAUUACCGGCCUCCUGCGACGCCAGGGCAAAUCGUGUCCGAUCGCCUUUCUGAAAUUCAAAUCAUUCAGUUUAACCCGUAACAACGAAUUGGAUUAUGUGAAGGCGAUGUCCAAUGCUUUAAUUCCAUUGCUGAAGAAUCAAUUCAAGUACGAGAGUGUCAUCAAAUACGAUGUGCUCAGUGAUCCAACGGACGAGGGAAAUGUUAGCAAUUUGAAGCCGAUCUUUGGAUUGAGCAAGUUCUCGUGGGGUCUGUUGAAAGACAUUGACACGAUGAAGGACAAAUAUUGGUAUCUGGGACCGUUGAAGCAUCAUAUUGCUGCAUUCUUCAAAUCAUUCUCCUCAAGUUCUGACUGGGAUCUGGAGACGGAAUAUGUGUACACGCCGCCAUGUCGUGGCUGCAGCAACUGUUGUGUCCAAAAGGAAGCGACUCCGUCAACGGGAUUCUUUCUAACCAAACUGGUUAAACCCCAAAAUAACAGUAACGAUGCAAAACAGAUGCAAAUCCGAAAUGAUGACUGUGCCACAGAAUUGCAUGGAAAGAUUACCUCCAAUCAGAUAAACAUUUCACUUGGCGAAAACGAGGAUAACUUUACUGUACUGAAAAGUGAAUUCAUUGAUUCGCUACAACCUGGCUGGGAGUUCAUUAAGAAUAUCCCAAAUAUUACGAAUCGGACCAUUGAGCCAAAUUUUAAACUGAAAAGCAGAACAAUCAAACUAUAUCCAUCAGCGAGCACUCCAAAUACUUUGUAUUCGAUCGAUGGCGAGGAAUAUGAUCCACGACCCAUAAAAGUAACCAUUGUUCCCAAUGCAAUUAAAGUGUUUUGUUGAUCUUA